AUGGUGUCCAAACCCAAAUCGGGCUUGGGCAAAGGCCUCGUCCGGACCCUCGCUCAAUCGCAUUCGCAGACCCACUCGGUCAAUCUACACCAGCACCAGCACGCCCACUCCGCGGCUCACACGAAUCAGUAUGCUGUCUUUUCUCCGCUGCUUAGCGGGAACGCAGCGGCGGGGCCGAGUCAGCCAGCUUUAUAUGCGCCGAUAGUGGCUUAUCACCCGGCCGGGUCGGUGUCGGCGCUGAACCAGGCUAUAGCGCGGCGCUCUGCAAAUUAUCGCGCAGAAGCGGAUGCAGCGGUAACGGCGGUUGAGGGAGAGACGGAAGCGGGGAGGGAAGAGCAAAGGCGGAAAGGGAAGGGGAAGGGGAAAGAGCGGGAUGGAGGUUGGCCAUCAUUGCCUGUUCUCCCUACCGCCGCUGCGGUCCUCGGCACGUCGGCGUACCUCGCCCUCCUUCCGCCGAUCGAGGGGGCUGUCGCUUCUUCGUCGACCUUCUCAACGACAGACGCGAUCCUUGGGCGGUUCUCUGACCUCAUCGUUGCGCCACACCCCUCAACCCGCUCGCCUCCCCUUCGCUCGCCACAUCCCAUCCACUCCCGCGGGUACACCACAACUACACUUCCGUCCCGGAACGCGGCUCAGCCGCACAUCAUCCCGGGAUUCGACUACCCCAAUCCUUUACUGGCGUUCGGCAAGUCACACCCGAACCCCUUCAGCCCCGGGUCCGGCGGGGAUCUUCCCCCUCUGCCGACAUACAACAACUUCUACACACCCUCCCACUCUCCUCCACCUCCACCCUCUCCUGGACCCGGGGGAGCACGCGAGCCAGCCAACUCGGUCAACUCUCAACGGCCUAGCGAGACACAUACUGUGCUCUCCCCCGCCCCGCUCGCGCCGACCGAGACUGGCGGUUCCUCCGGAUCGAACGCCGGCGGGCUCAUCCUCACCCCUCGAUACCUGUCCACAGCGCCCGAAGUGCCAACUUCUACUCUACCGCCGGCCAAAGAAGAGCAAGCGGACACCACCGCCUUGUAUCUUUCCAAGUUCAUCUUCCAAGUUGGCGCAUCCGGGCUGGCCAAGGAUCGACCCAUCAUUACGCGCUCCCCGCGCCGUACCGCUCCGCGCGAACAACCACCUCGGCCCCGGUCCUUCCCACUUCAGAACAUCUCCGCCCCUCCCAAAUCCGAAAUGGAAGGCGUGUCCGUGGGUGAAGACUCGUACUUUGCCACCCCGACCGGGAUAUGCGUAGCGGACGGGGUAGGCGGAUGGGCCCGAUCAGGCAGGAACGGAGCAGACGCAGGACGGUGGAGUCGGCUCCUGACGCACUUCUGCCAUGCAGAAGUCAAGGCGUGGUGGGCUGGCGCCGAGGAGUAUUGCGAGGAUGUACCGGGCAAGAAGGAGGAAGGGGGGCAGUACAAGUUUCCGAGGGGGUGGUCGAGGCGCAAAGGGGAGGAGAAGGGGAGGGAGGGGGAUAGUUGGGGAUUACCGGAUGGGAAGCAGCGGAGGAAGUUGGAUCCGGUGGAAGUCAUGCAAAGGGGUUUUGAGAAGUGUCUAGCUUGCGUACUGGCGGAGGGCAUAUACGGCUCAUCAACCUGCCUCCUCGCUGUCCUCCAUCAUACCUCCCUCCGAAUAGCCAACCUAGGCGAUUGCUGUCUCCUCGUCGUACGCGACGGUGAGGUCGUCUUCCGCACCAAGGAGAUGCAACACGCCUUCAACUUCCCACACCAGGUGGGCACGCACAGUCGGGAUGAGCCAAUGAAGGAUGCGGAGAUGUUUGAGGUGGAAGUGCGAGAGAGGGAUGUGGUCGUGGUGGGGAGUGAUGGGUUGAUGGAUAAUCUCUUCGACCAAGACAUCCUAGACUGCCUCGCCGAAUUCGCCCCUCCCUCAGAAAUACCAAGCACCUUCUCCCCGCUCUCCCUUCCUCAAAACGCUCAUCCCACUCCACCACCAUCCCGCCCCAGCUCAGGAACAGGCCUACCAUUAUUCAACCCCCAAAAAGUGUCCGAGGCGCUGUGUAACAAGGCAAGAGAGGUCAGCGAGGAACCAAAUGCCGAGACGCCGUUUAUGGUUAGGUGUAUUGAGGAGGGAAUGGACUUUGUCGGUGGGAAGAAGGACGAUAUCUCGGUCGUCGUAGGGGUUAUUGGGCAACAAGGGGAACACUUCCAACUGCGCACCUGA